AUGUUCAAACUCGGUCGUAGCGCCUAUGGCGCCGCCGUGCGGGCUGCUGUCAGGGACACCUCGAUGCGGAGCUCUAUGUCGCAGCGACGAAACCUCAGCAUACACGAAUAUUUGUCGAUGAACCUGUUGACCUCGUAUGGCAUCGGCGUACCCAAAGGAGAGGUCGCGAAGAAUGGUGAAGAGGCUGAGAGCAUUGCAAAGAAACUGGGCGGCGAGGAUAUGGUCAUCAAGGCACAAGUGCUGGCUGGUGGCCGCGGCAAAGGCUCGUUCGACAACGGCUUAAAGGGUGGUGUCCGGGUGAUCUACUCUCCCACCGAGGCCAAGAUGUUCGCGAACCAGAUGAUCGGCCACAAGCUCAUCACCAAACAGACCGGAGCCCGCGGCCGCAUCUGCAACUCAGUUUACAUCUGUGAACGCAAAUUCGCCCGACGAGAGUUCUACCUGGCUAUCCUGAUGGACCGAGCCACCCAAGCACCCGUCAUCGUCGCGUCCUCGCAAGGAGGCAUGGACAUCGAGACCGUCGCGAAAGAGACACCCGAAGCCAUCAUCACCACAUCCGUCGACAUCCACACCGGCGUAACCGACGAUAUGGCCCGCAACAUCGCCUCACAACUCGGCUUCAGCGAGCAGUGUAUCGAGGAUGCCAAGAGCACCAUCCAGAAGCUCUACCAGGUCUUCAUGGACAAGGACGCUACCCAGAUCGAGAUCAAUCCACUCAGCGAGACCAGCGACCACCAGGUUCUCUGUAUGGAUGCUAAGCUUGGCUUUGACGACAAUGCCGACUUUAGACAAAAGGAGGUGUUCGGCUGGCGGGACACCAGCCAGGAAGAUGCCGAUGAGGUCAAGGCUGCUGAGCACGGCCUGAAUUUCAUCAAGCUGGAUGGCGAUAUCGGAUGCCUCGUCAAUGGUGCUGGGCUGGCCAUGGCUACGAUGGACAUCAUCAAGCUGAACGGAGGCUCGCCUGCCAACUUCCUCGACGUUGGUGGUGGUGCUACGCAGGAGGCUAUCAAGUCUGCCUUUACACUGAUCACGAGCGAUCCUAAGGUUACGGCGAUCUUUGUCAACAUCUUCGGUGGUAUCGUUCGGUGCGAUGAUAUCGCGCAGGGUCUCAUCAAUGUCGUGCAGCAGAUGAACUUGAAACUGCCGAUUGUGUGCAGGUUGCAGGGGACGAAUAUGGAGAAGGCGGCUGAGCUGGUCAACAACUCUGGUCUGAAGAUCUUCUCAAUUACCGACUUGCAGGAAGCGGCGGAGAAAGCAGUUGACUUUUCGAAGAUCGUCAAGAUGGCGAGGGAUAUUGAGGUUGGUGUUGAGUUCAAUCUUGGUAUCUAG